AUGUCGGAGAAGGAUGCCUCCUCUGUCCUGUUCACCUCGACGAGGCGCCCCAGCCGGGCAUCGACGCCUGCGAGGCGCCGCGAGCGGACGAGCCACGAGACUGCCGAGUCGAGUACCGCUGCUGGCGGUAGCAGCAGUAGCAUGACCGCCCCCACCACCGAGACGACGCUGGCCAUCGCUUCGCCUGACGAAGUCGCUGGCCAUCCGAUACCGAGACAGCACGCAGUCGAGAACGCAAACGGGAGUGCCACGAAAGAGGCCAAGGGCUACCGGACGCAUAAGAUUCGCUCCAGUGGCGGGUUUCUGCUGCAGGAAACACUACGAGAUGCUGCCUCCCACGACGGGAGCCAGUCACAUCACCGACGCCAGUCACGCCUGACGCCGCAAUCACAUCGAACGAGAGGCUCUCCCAGACCGUCAGAAAAGUCGGGUUCCAGUGCCGGCUACGAUGCCAGCCUGCCGUACAAUGCCGACAGCCCAUCCAGGGGGGCUGCUUUCCCCCCUCAGCACGAUGCAUCACAUGGCCUCACGGUCAGGAAGAGGCACGUCCCAAAUGGAAAGGCUGUCGAACCGGUGUCGCCGCCGCGGGCCCAAAACCAGGGCUUCGAGAUGGAUUCGGCACAGAUUGUGAACAUGGCCCUCAACCUGAGCGAAUCCAGAAGCCCACCAUCAUCCCCGGCCGAACUAUCGAGGACCUCUACACUGGCAAGCGCUGAUGGGAGCGCAAGGUUUGGGCGGCCGUACAACCCACUGCAGUACAUCCGCAACCGCAAAGUUCGAGCCCGUGAGCGCAAGGCCAUUGAUGGCGAAGCUCAAGGCUUUAGCGACGUCAAGAAGGUCACGGACUGGGUCGAUAACGUCGCAAGGUGGGCGGCGACUGGACAGUCCAUCUUGCCUGAUGGUCCUUCGUUGCCGCCAUUUGCCGAUGCGGACAUGCACGCCCAAGCAACAUCGCCCUCGGCCAACGCUGUCAAGCCCAAAAGACCCAAAGUGGACUGGCUCUUUGAGCCGGCCGAUCUGAUCGCCGAUGCAUACUGGCUCGAGCAGGACAAUCACCUACAGUUGAUCGAAGACCGGCACUGGCGACGGAUUUUCCCUCCUUCGUCAAACCUGUUCAGACCCCUGACAGGCCAAACAGAUAUGUCUAGGCCAGAGUCACUCAUGACAACUCACACACGGGGCUCGCUCGAGAUUCCUUUAAACCAGAGGACCGGAAACCCAAGACCAAUCAAGACGGACAGCGAACACUCCCACAGCAGUGCCCGAGAGCGGGCCCGCCAAAAGCUUCAUGAGCUCAAGGGCUUGCAUCAUCGACACGGCUCGCAUAGCCAUAGCGACAUACGGAGAUUAACCAAGGCACCCCACUCGGAUCUUUCCGACAGCGAAGAGGAGGGCAAAGAGAGGAGGAUGCCACAGCGCACAUUUACCGGCAACAGUAGGGACAUUCUUGAGAAGCAGAUGCUCGAGAUGAUAGCUAGAGAGGCCAGAGAGAACGGAUCAGACACGCAAUCGGUCGAUGCUGCCAUUGCCGCACUGCUGACACCCGAACGCGGCCCUCCCUCCUCAUCACAGCCCGCCACGCGCGAGCAGAGUCGGAAGCAGUCUCUUGCUGAAGGAAGCGAGUCUGACGAUACGCCUUGCAAGACGCAGGCGCAAACGGCCACCCUUCGUCAGCGAGUUGGGAGGUCUAGCUUGGAGAUUCCAAUGCCUGCGCGCAGGACGUCCUUUGACCUGGAUGCCUCGCUACCAAACUCGCCCGACAACCACCCUCAUGGCUACAGUCCAUUCAUCCCGACAAUUGGUUCCGACCUCUCAGCGCUGCCUAGUCGUGCUGGAUCUCCCACGCGCAACCCUUUCCACAAGGUGAAGAGCAUCUUCCGCGAGAGGAGCAAGGAACGUGCAAGCGAUCCUUCCGAGACGCGAGAUGGCGACCUUGGCCCUCCGAUUGACCUCAAGGGCAUCAUGACCGAGUCUCCCCAACCGAUUUCGGAGACUCCCGAGAGGCGAGGAUCGAGGAGUCCUCCGAGAAACCUGUUGCCACGACAGCCGACCGAUACGUACAGGGCAGGCCCCAAGCGUAGAAGCGACGAGUCUGGCGCCAAGGGACUGUUCAAGGGGGCGCGUCUGGAUACGUUGAUCCGCGAAGGUGCCUCCAAAUUAGGUGACUUUAUCUGGCGGAAGGACUCGGAACAGGAUGACGGUAACCAGUCUGACGGCGAGGCCACGGCGACUGACGAGUCGGAUGCUGAGCCGGCUAGGGGCAGGCGCAGGGCGAAUCUGUCUCUAUCGCGUACGACAUCGUUAUCCAUGCGAGACCGUCGAGAAGCGCAGCUCCAGAAGGGCAAGCACUAUUUGGACGUAAUGCCUACAUUCCAGCAUGCUUCACACGACAGGUUGGCCCCCAGCCAGUUGGAGCCCCCCAGCCUUCAGUCAUCCAGGCCUCCUAGUCGGUCGUCCCGGUUUGACUUGCUGAAACCUCCUCGCAUCGACGUCCACCAUGCAUCACCGUCAACAUCACCGCCGGCGACAGGGCAGCGUGGCGACUUGGAAGACUCGGAAUCUCAACCACAGCGGGGAAGUACAAGCCACGAGGAUGUACAUAAAGCAGGCCGCCGUCUCAGCUCCGUGAUCUCGAUGCCGCAAGCCUUCAACAGGGAUCGCCUCGGCUCACUGGCUACUACUUUUGACGGUCGUCACUGGUCGAUCUCCGACCGCAGCCCCUCCCCGCAGCGCGCACCUCUGAGCCGUCACGAGGUAGCCCGUCUGCGCGCCCUAGUGCUCAGCUCUGGUAUCAAGGCGAUGGAGAUCUCCCGCCGCGCGUACGAGCCCCGGCCCGCCUUCGCUGCCCCCCCAGUCGCUCACUCGGAGGACGUCGACCCGAAGCAGAAGCCCCCCUUCUGGCCCGCCAUCGCCCAGUUCAGCACGAACCCUGCGCAGCUCCGCGCCCGCUCCGUCGCUCAGGUCGAGCUCUAUCAGCUCGCCGCUCGCACCCUCAGCAGCUCGAUGCAGUGCGCCGGCCUCGAAUGGCAGCACGCCGCCGACGCCUUCACAAGCGAGACAACGCCAACGCUGCAGGCGAACAUUGAGGACGUUCGCAGACAUAUUGCCGUCGACCUAUCGGCUAUGACGCGUGCCGCGGCGGACGAGGCCGACGAGACAAGCCGCGACCUCGCCUUCGGUCAGCGGCUCAAGAUCAAGGCCGUCGUCGACGUCAUCGACAAGAUGCUGCGCCGGCGCCGCAGGCGGUUCCGCUGGGUGAGACGGGCGCUGUGGCUUGGUGUCGAGUGGGGGCUCGUGGGCAUCAUGUGGUACGUCUGGUUCGUCGUCAUGAUCCUCCGCGUCUUUGUCGGGUUCGGCAAGGGCGUCGUCGGCGGCGUGAGGUGGCUGCUGUGGCUGUAA